AUGCAGCUAGACGAUGUGGUAUCAAGUACGAUAAGUGGACCAAGAGUCGAAGAAGCAAUGUGGAGAUCGUUGAGAUGGCUUGAUCGAUGCAUAGCCGCACAUUCUCGUCGAAGUGAACAAAGUCUCUUCCCGAUUGUACAAGGUGGUCUAGACGAAAAACUACGAGAACAAAGUGUUAAAGAAAUUAUCAAGCGAGAUUGUCCGGGCUAUGCCAUCGGUGGUUUAAGUGGUGGAGAAGAUAAAGAUCAUUUUUGGCGCAUGGUGACACUUUCUACAGAGUAUUUGCCAAAAAAUAAACCGAGAUAUCUCAUGGGUGUUGGAUUUGCUAUCGAUCUCGUUAUUUGUUCAGCACUUGGCUGUGAUAUGUUUGAUUGCGUAUUUCCCACUCGAACAGCUCGUUUCGGAUGUGCAUUGGUCGACAGUGGACAAUUGAAUUUAAACAAACAAAUCUAUGAAAAAGAUCACCGAGUGAUCGAUGAAAAAUGUAUCUGUCCUGUUUGUAAAUCUGGUUACACAAGGUCGUAUUUGAAUACGAUCGUAACAAAAGAGACGACUGCUUGUCAUUUAUUAACCAUUCAUAACGUCGCCUAUCAGAUGAGAUUGAUGUCUCGUAUUCGUCAAGCAAUCAUCGAAGAACGCUUUCCCGAAUUUAUCAAAGAAUUCGUUUCAAUCUACUUCCAAGACAAAGAUAUUCCCGUCUGGAUAACGAAUUCUCUCAAAUCAGUUAAUAUUGAAUUAUAA